AUGACAUGUGUUAUUGGUUGUUACGACAUCAUCCCCCCACCCUGUGUCCUCCAGAGGCUGUGUGAGGUGGUGUGUGGCCCUAAUGUCCCAGAGACCAUGUCAUUGCUGUGCUCGGGGGCCCGGGUCCUGUGCCACUCAGGGGACUCUCAGUGCCCCACGCCCAUUUCCCUGGCAGAGCGGGCUGGACAGGCCAUGCAGACGGAGCUGCUCAGACACAACGAGUACACAGAUGCCCCUGCCUAUGUUCAUCAGGUGCCCAGCAGAGACUCUGCGACCUCUGACCCUCCUUCUGCUGCAGGAGAGGAGGAGCUCCAUGGGAAGUUGGAGGAGGACCGCUUCUUGUUCUCCCAGGAGAAUGACUCUGCAGCCUGUGAUGUUCUGGACCUGAGGGAGGUCGUCUCCAUUUUCCACAGCUCCAACGGAUCGACUCAUGAGUUUGAAAUGGUGACUCUGACGGACCAGUUGGUGUGCUAUGCUGACACCGAAGAGGAUCUACUGAAUCACCUGCUUCAUAUUCUCAGGGUGGUGUUGCCCGGGCCCAUAGAUGAGGAGGAGCUGGACGGGGUGUUUGCUGUGUCCCGGGUGUCUCUGAGGGAGGGAGGAGGCCUGCAGCACACUGAGGUCUGGGCAGUGCUCCGUGGAGGUCAGGUCCUCGUCUAUCCUACUGACCAGCAGCGCCACAGAGAGAGGCUAACACUCAACCCUGAGACUCAAUACAAGAUAGAUUCCUCUGAGAACACCAUAGAGCUGGUCACUGGAGAGAGGUCAGCACUACAGGAACACUGUGUUAUAACAAGUUGCAUUCCAUCGUACUUGAUGUCAUAG